AAUUGUUCCCUGUAGCUGUGUCUACAGUGUAUGAAUGUAACAUGGUUGUAAGUCGCUUUGGAUAAAAGCGUCAGCUAAAUGACAUGUAAAGUAUCAUAAGUAAAGGUACUCAUUGUGCAGAAAAUUGACCCUUAUAUGCUUAUUAGAAAUUAUAUUUUUGGAUUCAUAUCACUGAUGCAUUAGUGCGUAUGUUAAAAUACAUGUACCUAAACCGUGCAGGAAAAAAACAUAAAUAUUUGACAGCAGAACUCAAAGGGAAAGUCCCGUCUCUUGGAGACCAGUAGAGGGCGCUGUCAGCCAAUCAUCACAGAGAAACAACGGAAGUAGCCCCUCUCUGUCCAAUCACAGCCAUCGUUAUUGGGAGGUCGCUUAUUGACAAGAGGAGAAGGUGACUCCUCGACGAACAGAACAGUACUCUAUCUAAAUCUCAACAAAUAACCCCAAAUAAGACUGGUGUUCGCUUAGGAAGCAGCCAUGUCUUCUCUAGGACGGGCGUUGGGAGUUCUUCGGACCGGAAGUCAGCUCCUCAGACGCAGUACGCAAAAGAUAACGACCAGAAAGGCGGGCGAUGGGCCGCACAUCGAGCCCCAGUACAGGGCAUAUCCUCAGAUAACGAAGAACCAGAAGUUCCAGUCGGAGCUCCUUAGCGGUGCCAUGUGGUUCUGGAUCCUGUGGCAUUGCUGGCACGACCCUGAUGCAGUCAUGGGUCACUUCCCCUGGCCUGACGCCUCUGCAUGGACAGAUGAAGAGCUUGGAAUCCCAGCGGACGACGAGGAAUAAGAUCACCAUGAGGGAUUCAAGCUGCUGGAUAAGUCUGUGGAAAUCUCCAGGAUAUUCUGAAAGUCAUUUCUGUACAUAGACUAAUAAAACUCUUUGUUAAACGGU